UCAGUGGGGGUUCAGUGUGGGUGCCCGAGGUGCAGUGGAGGUGCAGUGAGUGCAGUGGGAGUUCAGUGUGGGUGCCCAGGGUGCAGUAGAGGUGCCCGUGGUGCCGUGGGUGCAGUAGGGGUUCACUGUGGGUGCCUGGGGUGCAGUGUGGGUGCCCGGGGUGCAGUGGGGGUGCAUGGGGGUGCAGUAUGGGCUCAGUGUGGGUGCCCGGGGUGCAGUGGAGAUGCAGUGGGCGCAGUGUGGGUUCGGUGUGGAUGCCUAGGGUGCAGUGGGGGUGCAAUAAGGGUGCAGUGGGGGUGCAGUGUGGGUUCCUGGGGUGCAGUGGGUGCAGUGCGGGUGCUGGCAGGUCGACGCCGGAGCUGCGGAAGGAGCGCUCGCGGGACGCGGCGCGGUGCCGGCGCAGCAGGGAGACCGAGGUCUUCUACCAGCUGGCGCACACCCUGCCCUUCGCCCGCGGCGUCAGCGCCCACCUGGACAAGGCCUCCAUCAUGCGCCUCACCAUCAGCUACCUGCGGGUCCACCGCCUCCUCGCUGCUGGUGCCUGGGCAGCGGCGGCAGAGGAGGUGGACGGGUGCUACCUGAAGGCGCUGAGCGGGUUCGUGAUGGUGCUGAGCGAGGCCGGGGACAUGAUCUUCCUCUCCGAGAACGUCAACCGGCUCCUGGGGCUCAGCCAGAGCUCUGGAGAUGCACUUGUGCAAGAGCCUCGUGUGAGAGCCAUCCUCGUGCAAGGGUCUUGGAAGGACUACGAGAACGCGGUGAAGUACUACAGCAGCGCCAUCGAGCUGAACCCCACCAACGCCAUCUACUAUGGGAACCGGAGCCUGGCCUACCUGCGCACCGAGUGCUACGGCUACGCCCUGGCCGACGCCACGCGGGCCGUCGAGCUGGACAAGAAGUACGUCAAGGGCUACUACCGCCGGGCCGCCAGCAACAUGGCCCUGGGCAAGUUCAAGGCCGCCCUCCGAGACUACGAGACGGUGGUGAAGGUGAGGCCCAAUGACAAGGACGCCAAGCUGAAGUACCAGGAAUGUCACAAGAUUGUCAAGCAGAAGGCCUUCGAGCGGGCAAUUGCCAGCGACGAGCACAAGCGCUCCGUCGUCGACUCCCUCGACAUCGAGAGCAUGACCAUCGAGGACGAGUACAGCGGCCCCAAGCUGGACGGUGGCAAGGUGACGUUGGAUUUCAUGAAGGAGCUGAUGCAGUGGUACAAGGAGCAGAAGAAACUCCACAGAAAAUGUGCCUACCAGAUCCUGGUGCAGGUGAAGGAGGUGCUGGCCAAGCUCCCCACUUUAGUAGAGACGACGUUGAAGGAGACAGAGAAGGUGACGGUGUGUGGGGACACCCACGGGCAGUACUACGACCUGCUGAACAUCUUCGAGCUCAACGGGCUGCCCUCCGAGUCAAACCCUUAUAUAUUCAACGGGGACUUCGUGGACCGCGGGUCCUUCUCGGUCGAGGUCAUCCUCACUCUCUUCGGCUUCAAGCUCCUCUAUCCUGAUCACUUCCACCUUCUCCGAGGGAACCACGAGACGGACAACAUGAACCAGAUCUACGGUUUCGAGGGGGAGGUGAAGGCCAAGUACACGGCCCAGAUGUUCGCCCUCUUCAGUGAGGUCUUCGAGUGGCUCCCGCUGGCCCAGUGCAUCAACGGCAAAGUGCUGAUCAUGCACGGGGGUCUCUUCAGCGAGGACGGCGUCACCCUCGAUGACAUCCGGAAGAUCGAGAGGAACCGGCAGCCCCCGGAUUCUGGUCCCAUGUGUGACCUGCUCUGGUCCGACCCACAGCCCCAGAACGGCCGCUCCGUCAGCAAGCGCGGGGUCAGCUGCCAGUUCGGGCCCGACGUCACCAAGAGCUUCUUGGAGCGCAACCACCUCGACUACAUCAUCCGCAGCCACGAGGUGAAGCCCGAGGGUUACGAGGUGGCCCACGAUGGCAAAUGUGUCACCGUCUUCUCCGCCCCCAACUACUGCGACCAGAUGGGCAAUAAGGGCUCCUACAUCCACCUGCGAGGCAGCGACCUGCGCCCCGACUUCCACCAGUUCACAGCAGUGGUGAGUCUGGGGGGGGGGCACCCCACACCCCCUGACUGCCCCACAGAUCCCUGA